AUGUCAGCCCUGAAGUCAUGGAUCGAUGUGCCCAAAGGGUCAGAUUUCUCACUGAGAAAUAUCCCCUUUGGCAUCAUUACCUCACCCUCAAACCAUUACCGCCGACCGGCUGUUGCCAUUGGGUCCUCAGUGGUGGAUCUCAAAGAGUUCUCAAUAGGAGGCGGCUUCGCGGAGCUCCCAGAGAUCCAAGGCCACCUGCACGUCUUUGGCGAGGAAACACUGAACGGCUUCGCCGCACUCGGCCGACGCGUGACCAACGCAGUCAGACUAUAUCUAAGCGACAUCCUGACAGCGGAUACAAAACGAGCAGGUCUCCUCAAAGACAAUGCAGCCCUCCGCAAAAAGGCCGUGUUGCCGCAGUCAGCCGUCACACUGCACCUGCCCAUGCGCAUCGGGGACUACACCGACUUCUAUGCCGGGCUCAGGCAUGCCUUCACUGUCGGUACGAUCCUGCGCGGCCCGGACAAGGCGCUGCAGCCAAACUACAAGCACAUGCCCGUCGCCUACCACGGGCGGGCCUCCUCCAUCGUCGUUUCAGGGACGCCCAUCCGCCGGCCCAGGGGGCAGAUUCCGCCGCCUGGGUCUACCACUCCCAACUUCUCGCCAUGUAAGCGACUAGAUAUCGAGCUGGAAAUCGCUGCGUUGCUGGGCAAGCCGAGCGAGAUGGGCACACCUAUCUCUGUGGCCGAUGCCUCUGAGUACGUUUUCGGCUACGUGUUGAUGAACGACUGGUCGGCUAGGGACAUUCAAGCCUGGGAGUACGUUCCACUCGGACCCUUCACAGCCAAGAACUUUGGUACGACCAUCAGCCCCUGGGUGGUGCUGGCAGAUGCGUUGGAGCCUCACCAGACGCCUGCUCUGCCGAAUGAGAAUACUUCACUACCGUACCUUGUGGAGGAGAGAAAAGACAACGUACUGGACAUUCAUCUCGAGGUCGAAUUAAAAACUGCUUCUGGAAGCAAAACAACCCUGACACAGACAAGUUCGUCUAACCUCCUCUGGUCGUUCCCGCAGAUGAUUGCCCACCACACAAUCACGGGGUGUAACCUCAGUGUCGGUGACCUGCUCGGCUCCGGAACCAUCAGUGGAGCUGAGAAGGGCACACAGGGUUCUCUCCUAGAGGCCACAGAGGGCGGGAAGAAGCCCUUGCAGCUGCCUGACUCCUCCGAAACGAGAACUUUCUUAGAGGAUGGAGAUGCUGUUACGAUAACUGGGCGAUCUGGGGAUGAUGAAAGUGGCCCUUCACACAACUACGUCCGUCUGCACCACAGUGGCAUAUCUUCCAGGGAUAUGUCCGAUGUGUCAAAUUGUCAAGUAUGCUCAAAGAUUAUGAGUAUCUUCGAUGAAGCGAAGAUUAGACGGCCAUAUGACAUCAAGGAGCUGGGAAGACUUUCCGACAUUAUUGACAUGCCGUGCCCUCAUUCCGACUCGAUUCGCAAAAUUUGGGAAAGCCAGCUUGCAGACGGAAUGACCUCCUCACCAGAACUUUGGUCCGUCAGAGUAUGUUGCCUUUUUGAACCUGUUCAACUUCUCUUCAACACAGAUGGUGAAUGGACAUGCGAGCAAGACAUAGAUCUGGUCGUUAAUGAUGAGCUAAACCACCCGGGGACAUCAAGGUUUCUCAACUCCCAAUGGAUUGAUCCCGCAGUUCCGAAAUCAUGGUACUCUGCCUGCCUCGAUCAACACGGGCCAACAUGCCAAGAACCUACUUGGAUGAAAUCAGAGCCUAGAACGACCGAGUGCCCGGACUGGCUGAUAGAUGUCGUGGACAAGUGUCUCGUGCCGUUUAGUUCCGAGACGGCCAAAUAUGUCACGCUUUCUUACACUUGGGGCGGCGUGAAUGGUCUUAAGAACACUACGAAAACUCUCAAGCGAUUCAGGAAAGGUGGUUCACUCCAAACACACCAAGCACCAAACAUGCCCCAGACUGUUCGAGAUGCCAUGGGUGUUACUCAUUGCCUCGGUGAAAGGUAUCUCUGGGUCGACAGUCUUUGCAUCAUCCAGGACGAUAGUGUUGCUUUGAACAGAAACGUGAACGCUAUGCACCAAAUUUUUGCCAACUCAGCUCUUUGCCUUGUGGCAUACGCCGGGACGGAUGCCAACCAUGGCCUUCGAGGCAUUAAGGAGACAUCGGCACCAAGAUGUGUUGAAUACGCCACUUUGGAGAUAGCUGGUGGGGAAAGGCUGUCUUGCUUUAACGUGCCCUGCAUCCCUAGAGGCUCCCUCGCAAAUGAAGGGAUUGGCAAGGAGCCCGCUGCUGAAGGAUCGACAUAUGAGGAACGUGGAUGGACAUAUCAGGAGUUCAUGUUCGCAAAACGGCGUCUGCUUUUCACUGAUGGGCCCCUUCGUUGGGUCUGUUCAAAGGAGCGAUGGGGUGAAGAGUUGUUGGGUGACUUGGAUCGCGACAAUUUCACACCUGGGAUGUCCCUUGCAUUCUACUCGAUGGAUCAGCGACUUCCAUCCCUCACCAAUUUAGGAUCAAUCAUCUUAGACUACAGCAUCCGUCACUUCACGUAUCAGAAAGAUGCCCUGAGAGCCUUUCUGAGCAUACAAACUCUCCUGGAUAGGGUGUUUCAUGGAGGUCUGAACCACGGGCAUCCUGAGAUAUUCUUCGAUAUCUCCUUGCUUUGGGCAACUCCUCGCGGAGCGACAAGACGGAUCCCAUCAACAGACGCUUCGACUGAUAAAAACGACCUGCCAAAGUCUGUUGCCGAAUGGUUUGCGAUGGAGUCUCCAUUAACAUUACCAUCAAAUAGGCGGCUUGUCAGCUGCAAAUGGCAUCACUACAAAUCCCUUUUUGGCAGUGAUGAUGAUCAAAGCCUCGAUGGAAGUGAUGAUGACCAAAGCCUCGAUGGAAGUGAUGAUGACCAAAGCCUUGGUGGAAGUGAUGAAGACCAACGUCUUGAUGGAUGGGACACAAUCAAUAAAGGAUCAGGGUCGACUGUGUACGAAGUAUCAGGCACGAAGGAGAAAGGAUUUCUGGCCCCGUGUUCCCACUUCCCGGUCCCUAUUCCAGAACUGACGGAAGCGAAUCCCAUUGAACAGCUGCAUUUUCUCUUCGCAGAGACAACUCGUUGUCAUUUCGCCACGAGGCAAGUCGUUAUGCCAGCGUUUCACCAAUACUUUCGCAAAGAGUCUUGCGUUGAGCUUUGUUCUACCAGCGGAAAAUUUGUCGGGUUUCUAGAGGUUCCUGAGAAGUCGGAUGUGGAUUGUUUGCUUGCUUCUGAGACAGUUGAGCUUGUGGCUGUGGCAAAAGGAUGGACUUCAUACAUGUCUGACUUCCGGCGGGCAUUUGAGGAACAGGAGAACCUCAGUACUGAGCCUCCGCCAUUGUAUAACUGGCCCUUGCCCUGGUAUAAGACGAAGGACGAUUGCUAUUUCGUGCUCUGUGUUCAAUGGGAGAAUGGCGUCGCAAAAAGGCAAGCCUCUGGGAGAGUCUACGCUGAGGUAUGGGAGAGGAACUACGACAGCGUCGAACUGAUACUGGGAUGA